AUGAUAUACCUACCAAACAUCGAAUCGCUUUCCUCAAAGCAAGGGAACUCCAAGAGACGCUUCUCUGGAUCCCGCUCUAGUAUGGAAGGAGUUCGCCCCAUGCUUGAAUCCUUCCGCUCAUCGAAAUCAACGCUCAAGGCCAGUGUUGAGGUCAGUCCAGAGAUAAAAAUGACAAUUGAGUCACCGCCCCUAGUCUGCUACGGGGCACCAAAAGAGUCGACUGGUGCGCUCUUGUCUGGCCUCAUCCACCUAGACGUCAAGGAGACGCAAACAUUCGAAAGCUUCACCAUGUCCUUCAAGGCCGAAGUCCUCACACGACGACCAGUAAGCACACAUUGCCGGGAUUGCGCCGUCAACAUCAGCGAACUCCACAAAUGGACCCUCAUCGCCGAGCCCGUCCUCCUCAAGAAGGGCAUCCACACCUACCCAUUCAGCUACCUCGUCCCCGGCCACCUGCCCGCCACAAAUAACAACACCCUCAGCAAGAUCACAUACAGCAUCUCCGCCUUGGCCAUGAGCGUCAAGGGCGACGAGAUCAAGUUCAAACAGCCCAUCACCAUCCAGCGCGCCAUCCUGCCCGGCCUCGACCGCCACUCCAUCCGCGUCUUCCCCCCCACCAAUCUCUGCGCCUCCGUCAAGCUCCCACCCGUCGUCCACCCUGGCGGCGACUUCCCGCUCGAGAUUCGCCUUGAUGGCGUCGUGCCAAAGAAGAAACAGACCCGUUGGCGACUACGCAAGGUCUCGUGGCGCAUCGACGAGAACUGCCGCGUGGUAUCGCCGGCGUGCAAGUCCCACAGCAACAAGCUCGGCGGCGACGGAAAGGGCCUGCUGCACGAGGACUCGAGGAUAAUUGGGUCGGGCGAGCUCAAGUCGGGUUGGAAAUCGGACUUUGAGGCGGCCGGGGGAAAGAUUGAGAUGCAGUUUAUGGCGGGGAUUCCGGCGCAUGCGGAGGCGGCGUGUGAUAUCGACUCGCCGUGUGGGAUCGUGGUUUCGCACAAUCUGGUCAUUGAGCUUAUCGUUGCGGAAGAACACUGCCCCACAACACAAACCCGCCUGAUAACACCCACCGGCGCAGCGCGUGUCCUUCGGAUGCAGUUCCGCCUCGCCGUCUCUGACCGCGGCGGUCUCGGCAUCUCAUGGGACGAGGAGACCCCCCCAAUGUACGAGAACGUCCCCGAGGCCCCGCCGCACUACGCCGGCAUACAGUGUGGAGAUAUAUCGGAAUUCCUACCACCAGAUUAUGAGCAUAGCUGCUGA